CAGUGCGGACUGUUUACAGUGACGACAGUCUAGCUAGCGACUACUAGCUAGUAAACUACAGUCAAAGACUGCACUUCACUUAUAGCUAGCUAGCUAGCUAGCUGCCUACAGUUAUAAGUAUAGGGAGCUAGCAAAACAUCUCUAAAUUGUACACAAUGGCCACAAAAAAGAAACGCACACCACUUUCACAGAAUGACAGAUGGGUCGCAAUUGCAGCAGACUCAGCCAUUGAAACAAGGAAGGAUGACGUCGACUCCACGUUUGUAAGACUCAGAAACCCAUCAACAGGUGCAGCCUCUCUGUAUCUGCUGGGCAGUGAGGAUGUGCAGCUGUAUGAGGUUAAAGCCUUCAGUGAAGACUGCCACUCCUGGUUCAUUGGCCAAACAGUGCAGAGAGAUGGGAGACUGCUUUAUGUUACCCCUAUGGACCCCCUAUACCUUCUGUUACCCUAUUUGGUCAAAGCUGUAAAAGAGGGGAAGUUCCAACCCAUGAAUCAGAUGGUCAUGGAUGAGGAUUUCCCAGCAUGCACCAGGCUGCUCAACUGCACACGCUCCCUGGCCUCCGUGCAUCACAUAGCAGAGGAGAAAGAGGUGGGGGGCCUGCAGUUUUAUCGUUACAGCCUGGAAAAGACCCUGGAUUGGUUGAAGAAGAAGGUGGACAGGACGGUGAAGGCCCUGAGAAAUGCCAACAUCUCUGUAGGAGACGGAGUCAAGUCAGCAUCCUACGUCAGAGUCAAGCUGGAGUCAGAGGCGAGGGACGAGGACUACCUUCGCUACGCCCACGGCUUGCUGUCUGCCUACGUCAGCGGAGACUUGAGCGGAGCCCUCCUCGCCCACCUGCGGUUACCUGAACUUGUUACCCCUGAGAAGGAGGAACCUCCGUCAAAGAAGAGGAAACUGUCCGACAAGCCGCUGGAGGCAGGAGACGACUACACCAAGUUCAACAGCGCAGAUUUCACCCGCAAACCACCUAAGAAAAUGAGUGCAGCUCAGAAAAGUCUGGCCAAAGUGGAUAAGAGCGGAAUGAAGACCAUGUCUGCUUUCUUCAGCCCCAAGGCCAAGCUGGAGAAGAACUGACUGUAACCAGCUAAUAAUCGUGUUUGUACGGCCUGUGUGUGUACAUAUAUAUUUUUUCGUAAUAAAGAAGAGAGAAAU